AUGGGCAAAGGCACGGAUAAGCUAUACAUCACUCACUCCGAGUGGGCGUCAGGAGAUGCCUUUGGAGCGAGUGCCGGCUCAAAAGCUGGCAAACAAGCGGUCGACACAACCUUCAAACGAUUACCUUAUAACUACUGUGCGGUGUCCUUGCAGCCGUUUAGCGAUCCUGUCUGCACGGAGAACGGGACCAUAUUCGACCUGUCAAAUAUAUUAGCGUGGCUUGCGAAGCAUAGAACGAAUCCAGUGGAUGGAACACCGCUGAAGCGCGCCGACUUGAUCAAGUUAAACUUCGCGAAAAACGAUGACGGAGAAUAUGUCGACCCGGUAACGUUCAAGGUCUUCACAGACAAUACCCAUAUCGUAGCGUUAAAGGUUUCGGGAAACGUUUUUGCUUGGGAUACCGUUCAGCGACUGAACAUCAAAGCCAAGAAUUGGAAGGAUUUGGUCACCGACCAAGAGUUUACCAGGAAGGACAUCAUCACCUUACAGGAUCCACAUAACAUCGAAGCAAGGAAUCUCAGUUCAUUUCAGUAUUUGAAAGAGGGAGAAAAACCUGUAGCCGCACACCAGGAUCCCGACGAAAGUAAUGGAAUCAACGCGUCAGCCCUGGGAAGCUCGGCGAAGAUUCUCCGAGCAAAGGAGGCAGUGGCUAAAGCACGCGCUGAGCGUGCUACGGAGGGCCAGCAAGCCAAAGGCCAACUAUCGCGAAAUGCACAGAAGGCGGCCUUGAGUGGCAGUGGUACAGUACGAAAACUUCCACCGAAGAAUGCCGCCCACUACACCACCGGGCAAGCUGCUGCAUCAUUUACUAGCACUGGUCUUACCCCUCAAACCGACGCCAGCCUCGCAAUCCUGUCCGACGAAGAGUAUAUGCUCAAGCCCAAACGAGUCAAGCAUAAGGGAUACGCCAUUCUUUCCACCAACCUUGGCGACCUGAAGGUUGAACUAUACCCCGAGUGGGCCCCUCGAGCCGUGUGGAACUUCAUUCGCCUUGGCCAAAAGGGCUACUACCGAAAUAUCGACUUUCACCGAAAUAUCAGAAACUUCAUGCUGCAGGGCGGCGACCCCACGGGGUCGGGACGAGGUGGCUCGUCCAUAUGGGGCAAGCCAUUCGUGGACGAGAUCGAGGGGCCUCUGGCGCAUGACGGACGUGGCAUGUUGAGUAUGGCCAACAAAGGCAAAAACACCAAUACCUCGCAGUUCUUCAUCACGUAUCGAGCAUGCCCGCACCUCGAUCGGAAACACACCAUUUUCGGCAAAGUCGUCGACAAUCUCGACGUCCUGGCACGGCUGGAGGCGGUCAAAACGGACGACAAGGACCGACCCACAGGCGGAGACGGCGGAGAAGCCAUUUUGCAAGAUGUCACGGUUCUCAUCGAUCCAUUUGAGGAAUUCAUGAAGGAGUCGGCCGCGCAAGAGGCUGAAAAAGUGCACAAGGAAGAGGUACGGCGACAAGGAGGGACUGAGGAUGAUAAACUGACUUGGACGGGGAAACGAGUCCGGGGCACAAAAGGCAAUAGCGACGGCGCUUCUACCGGUGUUGGCAAGUAUUUGAAAGCCGCCAUGAAUGAUGAUACCCCAACUGGGCACGACGAGAUCAUCGAGGAAUGGGACGAGCCCGAGCAGCCGAUGAAAAAGAAGGGGAAAAUAUCUGCUGGGUUUGGCAACUUCGAUAGUUGGUAG